AGAGAGAGAGAGAGAGCGAGCAGAGAAAACAAUGGAGCGCUCCGUCCAGCAGCCAGAUGUUCCUCUGAACUGAGAGCGGAGUGAAGCUGGUUGCUCCUGCCGAUGGGGAGUUUUGUGGCCGAGCUGCUGUUUCUGCUCCUCCUGCUGAUUUCCACAGGACGGCUUCAUGGAGCCUCGUUCUUCGGUGACGGCUACGUCCACCUGCGCACCGUGGAGGCGUCGGCCCAGACGCUGCUGCACGUCCGCUUCCGCACCUCCAGCCAGGCCGGGCUGCUCUUCCUGGCAGCUGGAUACAGAGACUUCCUGCUGCUGGAGCUGACCUCGGGACGCCUGCAGGUGCGUCUGGACCUGGGCUCAGGUGAGCGCUCGCUGCGCUCAGAGAAGGGCGUCUACGUGAGCGACCUGGCCUGGCACUCCAUGGAGCUGAACCACGACCAGCACAACGUCACCAUGACCGUGGAUCGAAACUCUCGCACCAGCCUGCGCAUGCCGGGGCCCGAUCUGGAGCUCAGCGUCGACGACGGGCUCUUCGUGGGCGGGUCGGCCGGGCUGGACCGCCCCUACCUGCCUCCCCCCUCCGACUACAACAGCACCGGGUUCAGAGGCUGCGUGGACGAAGUCGUGUUCAACGAGCACAACCUGCUGUCCAGCCUGAGGCCGUACUCUGGAUACAAGAGCGUCCACGAGGUCUCCCUGGGCUGCAGCCCCCAGUUCUCUGCCACUGAAGACGAUUCCAUCAGCUUCUUCAGCUCCAAAGCCUUCGUCGCCCUCCCGCCGUGGGACAUACCACAGGAGGGGGUGUUUGAGUGUGAGCUGCACCCCUCUGCCAGAGACGGAGACGGGAUGAUCCUGUACAGCUCCGCUCUGGAGGGGGGGUUUGUCGCCAUAGAGAUCAGAGACGGUCAGCUGGUGGCGACGGUGGGGAACGGCGAGGGGAGUAAGACCGAGCUGCGCUCCCUCACAAACCUGCGCACCAACCACACCUGGUACCCGGUCCGGCUGCACCUGAUGCCCAGCAGCGUGCAGCUGAAGGUGGGCGAGGAGCUGCUCAGCAGCAGCCUGGGGCCGGAGCUGCAGGGCAUCCAGCUCAGAGGGCCCCUGUACCUGGGAGGCCUGGACGAAAAGGCCCGGGGGGAGGCGAGGCGAAUCAGGCUGCUGUCGUUGGUGGCCAGGGGGCCGCUGGCGGGAGGGGGCGGAUCCUUUAAAGGCUGUCUACGAGAAAUUAGGGUGAACACCCAGAGAACGGGCCUCCCUCAGGCCACAGUCACCAAGGAUGUCUCUGUGAGCUGCAAGCUGGCCCAGGCGGCAGGAGCGGUGACCACGCCCAGCCCGACCCUGCAGCCCCCGUUCGAUUUGACGACCAAGCAACCAAUCACCAGUGACAAGAGGAAGAACCCCAACUUCCUGUUUCUGAGACAGCUGGAGGUGGCGGAGGGAAGCAGGGCGCCGCUGGAACCCAAACACAUGAAGGUCAACCUGGACUUCAGGAAACUGGGGAUGCAUCCGGCCCAGCUCAUGUUCCGCAUCGAGGAGCAGCCGGUCCACGGCCAGCUGCGGCUGGACCUCGCCUCCGAACGGGACGGGGCGAGGGGCGGGGCCCGGGGGGAGGGAGGCGAGGAGGAGGGCCAGACCUUCAGCAUGCUGGACCUGUGGCAGGGCCGGGUCAUGUACGUCCACAGCGGGUCGGAGGACCGGCAGGACUUCUUCAUGUUCUCGGUUUUCUCCAGCAGCAAGAAGGAGCUUCCUCAGUUUCUGAGGGGAAACCGGCUGCACCGCUUCGACAUCAACAUCAGCCCCGUGAACGACGCGCCGGAGCUCAGCCUGCCGGAGGGAAACCUCUUCACACUGCUGGAGAACUCCAAACGGCAGCUGACCACGGAUGUGCUGCGAGUGUCAGACCCCGACAGCAGUCCUGCAGACCUGCUCUUCAGCUCCCUGGGAAGCCCCGUCAUGGAGGCCGGAUACCUGGAGCACCAGGACUACCCCGGCAGGCCCAUCAGUCUGUUCUCCCUGACGGAUCUGGAGGACGGUAAAGUCGCCUUCGUCCACAGCGGAGCCGCCACGUCCCGGCUGGCACUCAGGGUCAGCGACGGGGAGAAGCUGAGCAACACGGUGGUUUUGAGGAUCAUGGCGGUUGUGCUCGAACACACACUGGUCAAUAACACGGGGCUGGAGGUGGACCAGGGCGGGGCUGCCAUCAUCACCGCCAAUCACCUCGCGGUGCAGGUGAACGUGGCCGAUCAGGCCGUGGAAAUCCGCUACGACGUCAUGGAGUUCCCUCAAUACGGCGAGCUCCAGCGGCUGCACUCGAGCGGCGAGUGGAAAUACACGAGCUCCUUCUCGCAGAAACUUCUAGAGAAAGAACGGAUCCGGUACCUGAACACCUUCCAGGGCCUCCAGGCUCAGAGCAACGUCACGGAUAGCUUCAAAUGUAAGAUAACCAUGGGCUCCACGGCCACCGCAGAGGUCGUUUUCCCCAUCACCGUGCGCUGGAUCCACUUAAAGGUAACGCGCAGCAAGAUGGAGGUCAGCGGUGUUCGGAAAGUCGUUAUCACCGCAGAGGACCUCCACGCAAUUUCCAAGGGUGUCAAACUCCCUGAAAGCGACCUCCACUUCAGGCUCCUGACGGUACCGAAGAAAGGUCAGCUGUUCCUCAACCACCGAGUCCUGAAAAGAAACUCGACGUUCAGCCAGAAGAACAUCUCGGACAGCCUGGUGAAGUACGAGCUGCUCGGCCGGCCCAACGAAGACGCCAGAGAUACCUUCAGCUUCCAGCUUUUCUCCAGGCUCGCCAGCUCCGCGACUCACGAAUUCAGGAUCAACAUCAAGGCCGAAUCAAACGCCAUUGUCGUGGUUAGCAAAGGGCUGUCCGUCCUGGAAGGUGAGCGCAAACUCAUCACCAAGGACGUCCUGUUCACCUACACACCGAGCAACCGGGCGGUCCAGUACAGCGUCACCACGAGCCCCCGCUUCGGCCGCAUCAGGAGGAUCAACGUCUCCAACUCGACGGCCGUCAACGACAACAUCGUGAGCUUCACGAACCAGGACAUCGUCGAGGAGCGGAUCAUGUACGUUCACGACGACAGCGAGACCAAGCAGGACUCCUUCACCUUCUACGUCACCGUCUACAGAUCAAACAAACUCACCGGCAGGAGGGAGGAGAGAAACCCGGCCGAGCACAACUUCAACAUCUCGGUGCAGCUCGUCAACGACCAGCGGCCGGUCAGGGUCGUCGAUAAAGUUUUCCACGUGGCCCGUGAUGGCCAGAGGCUGCUCACGCUGGAUGACCUGUGUUUCCGUGACGAUGACUCGGACUUUGAGGACAGCUGGUUGGUCUACACAAGGCGGGGGAUUCCCAUGGGAGAGCUGGUGCUGACGAGCGACACCACCCACAAGCUGUACGAGUUCACCCAGAAGGAUCUGGAGCAGAGAAAAGUGCUGUUUGUCCACAAAGGAGUGAGUUCUGGCCGUUUUGUCCUAUUCGUCUCAGAUGGGAAACACUACGUUUCAACACUGCUGGAGGUGACGGCCCAGGACCCGUACCUGCAGGUGGGGAACAACACGGGCCUCAUGGUGCAGAGAGCCGGGGUCACGACCCUGACCUCCGCCAACCUCAGCGUCUUCAGCAACCUUGACAUCCGAGAGCCACAGGAGGUGACGUACGAGGUCUUCCUGCCGCCCAGGCAUGGCGUCCUCUUCCUGGACGAUGGAGACGGAGAAGGAGACGGAGAUGGAGACACAGUCGGAGACGGAGACGACGUCGUCGCGGCAGUAGACUCCAUUUCAAAGUUCACCCAGGAGGAUCUGGUUUUGGGCCGUGUGGCAUAUUGUCACGACGGCAGUCACGAGCUGUCGGACGGCUUCAACGUGACGGCGAGAGCGCGAGAGAGGAGCACGGAGAGGCGGAUGGAAAGGGGGAGGAGAGAAGUACACCUGGACAUCGGGGUGGCGGUCAAAGUUUACCUGGAGAGCCACCAGAGGCCCCCCACGGUCCUCAGCAACCGUCCGGUGGUCGUGGCGGAGGGACAAAACGCCUCCGUAACCAGGGAACAUUUAGAGGUGGUCCAUGAAGACAGCCAGCCCUCGGAGAUAGUCUUCUCCGUCCAAAGCCCUCCCACCCUGGGCUUCCUUCACAGGAUCUCCCCCCCUGAGGAGCUCGGAAACGACCAGGGAGAACAGCAGCAGAGCAACCAGAGCUCCAGCGAGCAGCCGAUCACAUCGUUCACCCAGGAGGACGUGAACCGCGGCUCGCUGGUCUACCGGCAGCAGACCUCCGGAGGCACCAGCGACUCCCUGCUGCUGCAGGCCACCAACGGCGUGACCGAGGUGGGACCCAUCCGGCUGGAGAUCGACAUCAUCCCCGUGCUGCUGCCGCUGCAGGUGUCCCGGCUGACGCUGGACGAGGGCUCCUCGCUGCCGCUCACCGCCGACCUCAUCAAGGUGGCCAGUCACCAUUUCUCUGGGAUGAACUUCCUGUACCAGGUGAUCGUCCCGCCGCGGCACGGACACCUGGAGCACAGCAGGAUCCCCGGCAUGCCCAUCACCGCGUUCACACACACCGAGGUGGAGCGCGAGUACAUCUCGUACAUCCACGACGGCAGCGAGACGCUCAGCGACAACUUCACCAUCGUGGCCAAUCAGACGGAGAUCAGGAAGCACAGUCUGCCGUGCAGCGUCCUCAUCGCUGUGACGCCCGUCAACGACGAGACGCCCGCCGUCACCGCCAACCGGGAGCUCAGGAUCUGGGUUGGGUCGGUGACUCAGAUCUCGGUGGAUGACCUCAGCGCUGAGGAUUUGGACACGGAGCCGGACGGGAUCGAGUUUGUCGUCACGCCGCCUAGCAACGGGCACCUGGCGCUGAAGAGCGCCCCCUCCAGGCACAUCCUGAACUUCACCCAGAGGCACAUCCAGGACGGCCAGCUGGUGUUCGUGCACAGCGGUGCGCUGUCCGGCGGCUUUCACUUCCAGGUGAACGACGGCGUGAACUUCGCCCCGCGGCAGAUCUUCAGCACAGCCGCCCGCUCGCUGGUCCUCACCCUGCAGAAAAACCAGCCCCUGGAGGUUUACCCAGGGUCUGUGACGCCCAUCUCUAAACGGGAGCUUCAGGUGGGGACCAACGACGACGUGGACAUCAGAAGAAACAGCUCGGCGGUGUUUUCGGUGACCACGGCUCCUAAACUGGGACGUCUGGUGCGGCGUCUGCAGGACAACACCACAGAGCCGGUGUCCGCCUUCACACAGAGCAUGGUGAAUGAAGGCGUGAUACUCUACGACCAGAACAAGCCGGAGUCGGUCGGUUGGCUGGCUUCAGACUCUUUCUCCUUCACCGUGUCCAGUCCUCCUGCGUUCCUUGCUCCCAGCACCUUCACCAUCCUGAUCUCCUACCAGGCCAAGGCGCAACGCAACCAAAACCCCGGCCGACGCAAGACCAAGCUGCUGAGCAACGCAGGCGCUGUGGUGGCCGAGGGAGGCAGGGUGACGAUCGACAGAUCCAAGCUCGACGCCUCCAACCUGCUGGGGAAGGUUCCAGAGCCGCAACGCCGCGACCACCAGGUCCUGUACCGCAUCAUCUCCCUGCCGCGGCACGGAGCUCUGACCAUAGGGAAAGAGAACCUCACCAGGGACCAACCAGGAUUCUCGCAGGUCACCCUGAACAACCUUGGCAUCAUGUACGUCCACGAUGACUCGGAGACGACGAGUGACAGCUUCACUUUCCAAGCCUGGGUGGCUCCCUUGGAUCCUUCCUCCUCUUCCUCCUCCUCCUUUCCCACCUAUUCCUCUGCCACCUCGUCCUCGUCCUCUUUUUCCUCUCUCUCUUCGGCGUCCACCCGUCUGCCGUCAGACCGAGCUCCUCCUCCGCACUUCAACGACAGCAUGGCGGUGACGGAGAGCUUCAACAUAACAGUGACGCCAGUCAACGACCAGCCGCCACUCAUCAGGACCAGAGCUCCCAGUAUGAAGGUGGUGGUGGGGGAGAGUGUCAUACUUGGACCGGAGAACCUGCACGUUGAGGAUCUCGACACGCCUCCGGAGGAACUGCACUACAACGUCAUCAGCAAGCCCAACAACGGCUACCUGACCCUGGGGGAGCGGCUGGAGCCCGUGACCUCCUUCACCCAGUACGACAUCAACCACGGCAGACUGCACUUCAUACAGCAGGGUGAGCCCUCUACUGGAGUCUUCUACUUUACCGUCACAGACGGUUAUCACCGCCCAAUCUACAAGCUCUUCAGUUUGGAGGUUACCAAGCCAGCUGUCUCCAUGGUGAACAACACCGGCCUGUCAUUGGUUCAAGGCAGGACCGCUGUGGUCCUGACAACCAAUCAGCUGGCAGCUCAGACCAACAGUCGUCGCCCUGCCAACAUCACCUAUACGGUCACCAAACACCCUCGCCACGGACGCAUCGCCAUUAACGACCACGAAGUCCUUGCCUUCCGCCAUGAGGACCUGCAGUUUGGGCGUGUUGUCUAUCACAUGACUGAGCUCAGCGAAUCAGAGGACAGUUUUAAGAUCUCGGUGUCAGCCUCCUCCCCCGGCGUUGUGUACGGCAACAUAACUAACCAGACGGUGAACGUUAAUGUGCGGCCGCUAAUCCACCUGAGGGAGACGAUCCGGGUGCCGAGCGGCAUCACUGUGAAACUGGGGAAGAGCAUGGUGGACGCCUCGGAGCUGGCGAGGAUCAGCAGAGCCGACCCGGUCUUCGAGGUUCUCUCUCCACCCAAACAUGGAAAACUCGUCAAGAUGACCUACAAUCUUGACCGAGCCUCAGAAGUGGUGAAGUCAUUUACAUUCCGAGAUGUGGUGCAAGGCCGGAUCGCCAUCGAGGAGACGCUUAGCGACAACAACGCCAACCGGCACCGUGGAAAUAAAACCGCCUUCGCCACAGUGCGAGGCCACGCCCCCGCCACGCCCCUCAACGAUUCCUUCAUCUUCCGGCUGAAGGCUGGAAACGUACAACCGGCGAAGGGCGAGAUUCACUUCAUCAUCUUACCGCACCAUCAGAUGCAUCACAGUCAUCACGGUGCUUCAAAUAAAGCAGACAGUCCAGGUCGCGAACAGACAACCACCCGUGUGCCAGGCAACAACAGAACUACCACCGGAGGAGGGAAAGGAGGCGGGCGAGGGGGGUCGACAACACAAAGCGGGAUGGGUGGAGGCUUGCACCCCCACAUUUUGUCGCACAAGAGUCACAACAGGACGCACCACAAGGUGAAACCUCAUGGCCGCUGGCUGAACCACAGCCGCGGCGGAGGUGAAGGAGGAAGGCUGGGAGGUGGAGCAGACGGAGGGGGGCACAAACAUCCUCUGGAGCCUCAUACCUCGUCGAUCCCGGUGAAUCACAUCCCGCUGAUCCCUCCCAUCAUCCACCCGCCUCACGUCGAGGUGGUCCCUCGACCCGCUUCCGACCCGCUCCUCAUCAUCCUGCCGUUCCUCACCUGCUUGCUGCUCAUCGUCGUCCUCGUGGCUCUCAUCUUGGUUUUCCGCCACCGCAAGGAGAAACGCGCCCGGAUGCGGCUCAUCCAGGAGCUCGCCGCGGUGCCGUUACCCGCCGAGGGAAGCCCUUUCGCGGGCCAGCCGGAGCGGAGCGCGGCCAUGCCGUCCGUGGUGGUCACCCCGCUCGGCCUCAACAGCUGCCCCAAUUCCCCGGUGAAGCGCCUGAGCCCCAGGAGGCUGAGUCUGGCCCCUGGGAUGACAGUCUGGGGGCCGGUGGAGCCUGAGAGAGGAGCCGGUGAUGGGAACGGCAUAGGUGGUGAUGAAGGAGGCGCUGGGGUUAAAGGAGCCGCUGAUAACGCCGUUCCAGCCGUCACAGCAGUGUCCAGAGCCUCUCAGUGGCCACGAGGCUCUGUUCCUCUUAGAGACAGCCAGUACUGGGUUUGAUGGAUCCAAACAAGAGCAAAAACUGUGCCUUAGAGGUAAAUUUUGGUGUAAAGGGUACAAAUGACAUACAUUUACUCUCUGUGGCACCUACAGCCAUCUAAGGCGCAUGUAACACACUGUUAUGUCCUUUACAAGAGGGAAGAAUGUGUACUUCUUUGCCGAAAUGGAUCCAGUUAUUUUUGUACCACAGGUAUGACGGCCAUACAAGGUAAAACUUUGCAAUAGGACCAAACACUGUAGAUGUAAAAAGAUAUUUCUGUGAGUGUAGCUGCCAACCACUUAUAACCUCUGCAAUAUGUCAUUUGUCCAUGGAGCAUUGGUACCUCACAUGCUUGACUCUGCAUGAACAUCUAUACACACACUUUUACACACACACACACACACACACACACACACACACACACACACACACACAUAUUCUUCAGCUGUGGACCCAUAACUUGAAUUAUUUAUUCUUUACUCCUUUAUGUUGCUGCUAGAUAUGUUUUAAAUAGAUCAUAACUGUCUCAUUUCUUAUGCUGCAUUCAGUUACUAGUCGGUUCCUCGGUCGGUCCUUAAUUAGUUGUUAUUAGGUUUUUUUUCAACAUUUGCUGCUGACAUUAGCAAACUUGUUAGCUACAGUGACCAGAAGUCCCCAGUUUUCAUAGGACGUCUUGUAGCUUGAACGUACGUAAGUCGGUAUUAACACAUUCCUUAUUUCCGAGCUCCUGCAUCCGACCAUAAUUGAAUACAGCAUAACUCAACAAGACUUUUCAGUGUACAAGUCUUCGUGCGACGACGUGACAAACUGUGACUUUUAUACCUUGAUGCUUUGUCGACCACGACCCGCCCAUCCAGAACAGAACCCAGAUACCUCAGUCAGUUGUUUUUUCAUUGUACUGACAUGGUUGUGUUUUUUUGUUUUUCACUUUCCUCUUUUGGUGUACGUAUAACAAAUGUAUGCAGUAACCUCAGGUGGCAGAGCAGUUAAUAGGAUUUUAUGUCUGGAGCAGAAGUGGUAAACAAGGAACUGAAUGUCGAGCCACACCGAGCUGCUUCAGGGAGGUUUCUGCAUUGACGUUCUUGGUUUUUAUGCCACUAGGUCGCCCGUGAUGUGGUGUCUCUACAUGCGACUGCAUGUGAUGAACACUUUGAACUGGGAAAGACAAAGUUCUCAUUGGAACAAAACCUGUUACUCCAUGACCACGAUGGACUGGCCUGUUUCCCCCCCCCGGUGUUCAUCUCUUUCACGUUACCUGGACAGCCUUUACACACCUGGCCGUGCUGAUGACAUCAUGGUUACACCUCAGUACCGUUUCAAAGUGUAUUUUCUGUCUCCGUGCUCCGUUCUGCAUGUGUAUCUGUGUUGUAGGUAGUUUGUGUUGUUGCUUGCCUCUCAGGCCGCUCACACUGUGAGUUUCUCUCUCGACCCGUUGUGGGUUCCCACUGUAUGUUUAUUAGUAUCUGUGGAUACAAAAAUGUCUGUUAUAGCAUGAUGUGUUUUAGUGAGAGAAUAGCUAUCAAGCAAGUGCUAAAAAAUCCCAGUUUCCAGGAAAUAAAUCUUUGUAUUUUACAUUCCUGCAAGCCAAAGAUACGUUGAAAUGUCCCGUCAGGUUUUGUGAGGUAAAAUUAAAACAAGAGACAAACACUGAUCAGAUGGACUUUCCUCUCCCUUUCCUUUUGCCUUUCUCAUCUCAAACCAGAGCCAGGUUUGUUUUUAGCUGGCUAAGAUUUGUUAGCCAGUAGUAGCGAACAUUAGCUGAUGUUUUGUAAUGUUAACCGUAACCUUUUCCUAACCUUAACCAUGACAACAAACACAAAACUAACAAAGCUAGUGAAAGUGGCGAAAGUAGGUAACAAGCUAACGCUAACAGUCACGUGACGGGACAGAAGCGGAAAUUUUUACAUGAAGCGUAUUUUAGGUUCAGAAACAUUGACAUUUCAACGCAUUUGUUAGUUUGCAGAAACAUAAUAUGGUAACAUUUUAUUGUGGCGACUGAGAUGUAAUAAAGUCGCCUCAACCAAAAACAAACUAAAUUUAGUGCAGCGAUUGCAACUGAGCAUCAGCUGAUUGUGAGAUUCCUGUGGCUUCUCUAAAAUCUUAAAAGUUGUAGAAAACUAGGAAAAGUUGAAUUGCAGUGAUUUAAUUUCUCACCAUUUUGCACUUGACAGGGUUAAGUUUUGUUCACAGAGCAAAAUUACACCAACAGGAAACAAGGAAGCACACAAACCUGAUUGGCUGUUUUUGACCACAUGACUGUGAAAGUCCAGCUGUGACUCGCUCGGUCUGUACUUUGAGCUGCAGGAGCUGAUUGGACGUCCAGUGACGCGUUCACUGUCUUACUGAUAACAGGAACGCACCGACGUUCACAGGACGCGGCGGGUUUGAUGCUCUUAUCGGAGGCAGGAAGUCCACGGCCGCAGCGAACCUGCCGCCGCCACGUGACCUUUGAGCCGGGACUCUGAUCGGCGUCCACGCCUGCAGACUGUGUGCCGUGCAGCUGCUCUCUGCUCUCCCUCUCUUCACUGUUGUUGUAUUCGUUCAAUAAAGUCCUGAUGAACGAACACGGGCGGGUUCCACCUUAAAGUUUGAAUUUGUUUGCUUUGUUUUAUUUGGUUUGAUUUUAUCCCUCACAUGAGACACAGACAGGAUGUUUAUAACGAGUAUAAAUAACAAAAAGCUGCAUGGAGACGCAUUUUUUCGAUUCUGAUCUGGACCACAUGGAUGUGCUGUAUGAAAUAAGAUUCCGAUCCCAUGCUAAUGCUAAACUAAAACUGCAAACUGUCAGUGUUGCUAUGAUCAUAAAUAGCACAUAGGCUGAUAGAAAGGCUGUUUGACAAAAAAGAAAAAAAGAAAGUUACCUGAAAAUUAGAAAAAGAAAGAAGGGGAUUUUUUGGCUCAUUUUCUUUCUUCUUAACCUUUAAUUUCAGGACUUCGCUUGCUUAAUUUCAGGUCCUGUCCUUGUUGCUUUUUAUUUUUCUUUCUUUUUUUGUUGCAAAUUUUUGCAUCAUUUUCUUGUAACCUUUUACUAAUGUCUUGUUAACUUUUGGGUCGUUUUUCAUUAACUUGCUCUCUGCAGUUUAUCCAAACCCAACCUUUACCCUAACCUUAACCUAAUCCUAAUCCUAACCCUAACCCUUACCGUAAACUCACCUUAACCAAGUGCUUUAGCUAACCUUAGCUAAGGAGCUAAGAAGCUACGACGCUAACGUUCAUGUUAGGCUGGACCUGAUAACAAAAACAUGACACUGACACAUUUCCUCUUCUGGAGCAGCGGGUCUUUUCCACGCUUCGACGAGAUAUCGGCUUGGCGACUUUGUAGCUGAGAGUCUGCAGCUUCUAUACAUUUAGAUUCAAAAUAAUCCAAGUUAAUCCAAAAGGAGCCUUGAGAGAGUCAAAUCUAAUAUAGCCUCAUUUCUAUUCCAAAAAUCUAUUUUAGCCCCUCAACUUUCGGUUUUGUGCUACCAAGCUGGCCUGACUCUGUUUACAGUUUGAGCUCUCCGCUCCCUCUAGUGGUCAGAAAUCACUCUGCAGCUUUAAAGCGGCUUCAAAGAAAGCAGCGUGAGCGAAACCAGAGUCCUGGCAGGAUUACACGACAGACGUCAGACAAAACACGAACUUCCCUGUUUUCCAUGUGGGCAUGAGAGCGUCUCUGCUGAGCUGUAAAAUAUUUUGAUUGUGUAACGUCACCGCAGGACUUCGAGUCUCUGUGAAACUUCCUCUGGGGACCGUGGGCUCGUGUCGUCUGGGUUUCUGUCUCGCCGUGUUGAGAUGUUCGGCCAUCGCCAACUCAACACGCUCCGCUCUGGACUCCACCUUUGAUAUUUUAAUCUGCUCCGACCUCUCCAGAGUCUCUCUGCCAUGUACUGUCAAAGAUGUAUUUUUUUUUAAAAAUAAAACAUCAUUAUUUGUUAAA